AACAGUACACACCUAUCCAUCUUCCUCCAACCCCGGCCAGUCUCCUGCUCCGUCUCCGGCCCCAAAGCAUGCCCGCACCGGCGCUCCCAGCCUCCGCGCACCUCUGCGUCUUGCUCUUAACCGUCUCGGCGGUGACUGCGAUGCCGGGACCCGCGCGCUGCGAGCGGAGGGACGACCGCGGAGCGGACGUGGGACGCGCGGAAGGCUUCCCGGCGGAUGGAGGUGAGGGCGCCGAGGGCUCGGAGGGCUCCCCCCGCCUCAGGAGAGCGCUGUCCCGGGGGAAACAAAUGUCCCUGCAAAGCAGCUCGUUCGUGCUCAAAGGAGAUGCGACGCACAACCAGGCGAUGGUCCACUGGACGGGGGAGAACAGCAGCGUCAUUCUCAUUCUGACCAAGUACUACCACGCCGACUCCACCAAGGUGCUGGAGAGCUCUCUGUGGAGGUCCACCGACUACGGCACCACCUACACAAAACUCAACCUGAUGCCGGGGACCACCAUUGUGGUGAGCAGCUUCUCCAUCUGCCCGACCAACAAGAAGAAGGUGGUUCUGGUGGGCUCCUCAGCGAACGAACGCGACCAGAUGCUGUUUAUCAGCACCGACGAGGGCCAGUCCUUCCAGCGGCAAAGCGUCCUCUUCAGCCCGGACACGCUCAUCUUCCACCCGAAGGAGGAGGACAAGCUGCUGGCCUGCUGCAAAGACGGACGGCUGUUUGCCUCCACAGAUUUGGGCCACAAGUGGACUUUGCUUCAGGAGCGGGUGACCAAGGACCGAGUGUUCUGGUCUGUAGCAGAUGUGGAUGUGGACCCCGAUCUGGUGCACAUGGAGAUGCAGGACACAAGUGGAGGUUACCUGUACGUCACCUGUCUCAUCCAGAACUGCUCCGACAAAAUGGUGACCGCUCAGUUCUUGGGUAAAAUCGACCACAAUUCUCUGUCGGUGCAGGGCGACUACAUUUUUGUCAAGGUGACCGCAGGGAAUCGCACCAAGCACUACGUGUCGUAUCGACGCAACGAGUUUGUCCAGAUGAAGUUUCCCAAGUAUGCCUUGCCAAAGGAUGUUCACAUAGUGAGCACGGACGAGCAGCAGGUCUUCCUGGCGCUGCAGGAGUGGUACCAGACGGACACGUACAACUUGUACCAGUCGGACCCGCAGGGGGUCUACUACUCCGUCGUCCUGGAAAACGUCCGGAGCACCAGGCAGCCCGAGGACGUGGUCCUCAUCGACAUCCUGGAGGUGCGUGGGAUCAAAGGCGUCUUCCUGGCCAAUCAGCGGGUGGACGGCAAGGUGAGAACGGUCAUCACCUACAACAAAGGACGAGAUUGGCAGCCCCUGACCCCGCCCACCACCAACAUGAACGGCAAAACCAUCACCUGCAAAGCGCCGGACUGCCACCUCCACCUGCACCUGCGCUGGGCAGACAACCCUUACGUGUCCGGUACCGUCCACACCAAAGAUUCUGCUCCGGGUCUCAUCAUGGGAGCAGGUAACCUUGGCUCCAAGCUGGUGGAGUACAAAGAAGAAAUGUACAUCACGUCUGACUGCGGGAAGACAUGGAGACAGGUUCUGGAGGAGGAGCAUCACAUCCUCUACCUUGACCACGGCGGGGUGAUUGUGGCCAUCAAGGACACUUCCAUUCCACUCAAAAUACUCAAGUUCAGUAUCGACGAGGGACGCACGUGGGCGGUCCACAACUUCACCAGCACCUCCGUCUUCGUCGACGGACUCCUGAGCGAGCCGGGAGACGAGACCCUGGUGAUGACAGUGUUCGGCCACAUCAGCUACAGGUCCGACUGGGAACUGGUCAAAGUGGACUUCCGGCAGUCUUUCCCUCGCCAGUGUGCGGAGGCCGACUACGAGUCGUGGCAGCUCACAGACCUGCAGGGUGAAAAGUGCAUCAUGGGCCAGGAGCAGACUUUCCGGAGGAGGAAGGCCACCGCGUUCUGUGUCAAAGGCAAGAGCUACACCUCGGCUCUCGGGACUAAGCCCUGCCAGUGCACCGAGCGGGACUUCAACUGCGACUACGGCUUCGAGCGAUCCCGCGCAGCGAGCGGACGAUGCUUUGCUGACUUUUGGCACCGUCCGGACUCGCCGCCGGAAAACUGCCAACCGGGACGAACCUUCGAGUCGAGCACUGGGUACCGCAAGGUGGUCUCAAAUGUGUGCGAGGGGGGCCUGAACAAGGAGCAAAGUGCCAAACAAAGCAACUGCCCUCUGCUGCCUCCUGGAGGACUACAAGUGGGCAUCAAAGGGCAGAUGUUGGCUGUGGCACCGGGUGAUGACGUCACAUUCAUAGUGCACCAGGAGGAGGGCGACACGAGCAGCACCAAGUACCAAGUGGACCUGGGCGACGGCUUUCGGGCCAUUUACCGGAACCUGACGGUGACAGAUGAACCCAUCCAGCACCGCUACGCGAAUCCGGGAGUUUACAAAGUGUCCGUGCGGGCGGAGAAUGCGGCGGGUCACGACGAGGCCAGCAUGUACAUCCAGGUCACAGCACCUCUGCAAGAGGUUCACCUGGAAGUGAUCCCCAUCGCCGGGAGAAACCACCAGGUCAACCUGACGGCCGUCGUCCUUCCCGCCGAGGCCAACCUGACCGUCUUCUACUGGUGGAUCGGAGACAGCUUGCAGCCAACGUUGACUCUGCGCAACAGCAUGCUGACCAGUUUCCCAGAGGCGGGCCAGAUUUCAGUCAGCGUCCAGGCCUCCAACGGGAGGUCCAUGGUGAAGGAUACCAGGAUGGUCCGCGUCUACGAAAACUUCCACGUUAUCCCUCUGAGCUUCAGCGGGCACCUGGACCGCCUCAAUCCCAACAUUCCGGAAUGGCGAGAGGACGUGGGUCAGGUCGUCACCAAGACACUCGCCAAGGUCACAGGUGUCCCCGAGGAUUCCCUGGUUACCGUGGUGAAGGCGGGCAUCCCCACCUCCGCCGACCUGUACGUCCUCCCGAUGGAGAGCGCGCCAGCAAAGAAAAGCGACUUUCAGGAUAAGCGUAUCCCGGCCAUCAUGCAAGCCUUCAAAGUCAACAACGUCAGCUUCGUAGUACGAGGCGGUCUCCAGGUUCUGGUGCUGCCAGCGGACCCAAACGCAGGGCUAGGUCUAAAUGCUGUUGACUCCACAGCAACAGAAAUUGGUCACGGAGCUGCCGGCGGUCCCGGCGUCUGGGCCGUCGCCGUCAUUUUUCUGGUCAGCAUCGCGGCCACGGCCUCUUUUAUCCUCUACAAGUUCAAGAGUCCUUGGCUCAGGACUGAGGAGGUCUAUCCCCCGCUGUUUUUCAGGAAGCUGCCGGGCAGCCGCAGCGUCUACGCCCAGAUGCACAACGAGAAGGAGCAGGAGAUGACCAGUCCCGUCAACCACAGCGAGGACACGCAGCACAUCAUCCAGGGCGAGGAGUUCAUCGACGACGACCUGGACUCACAGACGCUAGGUAAUGCGAGAGGUAGCCCAACCUUCCGGUCCCUUAUACGGACGACCACUAACCACUGCUACUAAACACCGCGCCGCUAAAACACACGCCAAGGCAACCAUUCAGGUGUGGUCCUGAGUGUCAACUCCAGAGAACUCCACAGUUACCUGAGCAGCUGAUUGCUGCCAUGGCGACGGCUCUCGCCAACACAGGGAUUUCACUCAGCCUUCCUCCUCCUAACCGGACUCCGCCCCCUACCCCCCCCCCCGCCCUAUACACACACACACACACACACACACACCCCCUCACCCUUCUUGUCAUCCUCACUUCCAAACUGGGAGAUGGAUACCCCCUUUCAAACGGGGGCAUCCGGUCGUUCCACCCUCCUCCCCUCCUUGAUCAUUAACAGACGUCAAAAUGGACUUGUUGAUGAAGAUUGGCAUCACGGAGGGAAUGUCUCGUAUUUUUUUGCUCAAUCGGCCUAUAUUAGGCCCAGCGCGCAGUGGAAAAGGUUUGAUGUAAAUGUGUAAAUCUGAAUGUCCACUUUGUUUCACUUGGGUGUUUUACACGUGUGUUCUUGUUCUUGUUGUUGUUUGUGUUGUUGUUGUUGUUUUU